GGGAAUGCGAGUAGCGAUUGGCCGGCGCCUGCCCCGCUUUUGAACGUGCAGGGGAGCAGGAAGCGGUAACGGCAGAGCGAGCGCGGCAGGGUGAGGGGCUCCUCACGACUAAUCCUUUUGCCAUGGAAGCUGAAGAAAUUAUGGAAUAUAUCCAGGAAUUCCCUGAACACUAUAAAGUUAUUUUGGAUAGACUGAAUGAACAACGUGAGCAGGACCAGUUUACAGAUAUCACGCUGAUUGUUGAUGGUCACCAUUUCAAAGCUCAUAAGGCUGUUCUUGCUGCCUGUAGCCAGUUCUUCUACAAAUUCUUCCAAGAUUUCACUCAGGAACCCUUGGUGGAGAUUGAAGGUGUAAGUAACAUGGCAUUUCGUCACCUAAUUGAGUUCACCUAUACAGCAAAACUCAUGGUCCAAGGUGAGGAAGAAGCAAAUGAUGUUUGGAAAGCAGCUGAGUAUCUACAGAUGUUAGAAGCUAUCAAAGCACUUGAAAUCAGGAACAAAGAAAAUUCAUCACCCUUAGAAUCAAAUCAAAGGCAAGGUAAAAAUAAAACAAAAAAGAGGAAGAUUGCUGAAACAUCUAAUGUUAUCACAGAAACACUGCCAUCUACAGAAUCAGAGCCUGUUGAAAUUGAGGUUGAGAUUGCUGAAGGGACGAUUGAAGUGGAAGAUGGCAGCAUUGAAACACUUGAAGUAGCUUCUGCAGAGCAAUCAAUAAAGUACAUACAUACAACAGGUACAUCAGAUGAAUCUGCUUUGGCUCUUUUGGCAGAUAUCACCAGUAAGUAUCGACGAGGAGAGACAAAAUGCCAGAUUCAAGAAGAAGGUGGUAGUACAACUGAUCCCUCAUGCAAACAGGUAGAAGAUAUUGAAAUUGUGGAACUUCAACUGUUGCAUGUGAAGAAUUUAUUCCACUGUGAAAAAUGUAACCGUUCAUUUAAAUUGUUUUACCAUUUUAAGGAACACAUGAAAACACACUCUGCUGAGAGUUACAAGUGUGACACAUGCAAUAAAAGCUACCUACGAGAGAGUGCUUUGAAACAACACCUCACCUGUCACCACCUUGAUGAAAGUGGUGCUAGCAAGAAGCAAAGGCCUGGAAAGAAAAUACAUAUAUGCCAAUACUGUGAUAAGCAGUUUGAUCACUUUGGACAUUUUAAAGAACACCUCCGAAAGCACACAGGUGAAAAACCAUUUGAAUGUCCAAACUGCCAUGAGCAUUUUGCUAGGAAUAGUACACUCAAAUGUCACCUGACAGCCUGUCAGUCUGGAGCUGGAGCUAAAAAGGGAAGAAAGAAGCUGUACGAAUGUCAGGUUUGUAACAGCGUGUUUAACAGCUGGGAUCAAUUUAAAAAUCAUUUGGUAAUACACACUGGUGACAAACCCAACCACUGUACCUUAUGUGAUUUGUGGUUUAUGCAAGGCAGUGAGCUGAGAAGGCAUCUCAAAGACAUGCACAAUAUUUCAGAAGGAAUAGUGACAGAAGAGAUUCUUCCAGUAGAAGCUAUGGAAGCUGAACCAGUAACAUCAAUGACUAUAAUAGAACAAGUGGAGCAAGUCCAUGUCCUACCAGUAAUUCAGGUACAAGUGGAUCCUGCACAGGUAACUGUGGAACAGAUGCACCAGGAUCUCAUACAGGACAAUCAAGUGAAAGGCACACAGAUAGAGGAACUGCAAGAACAGGUGCAAAUUAGUUAUUUAGAAGUUGAACACAUUCAGACUGAACAAGGUGCUGAAGUUCAUAUGGAGCAAUUACAUGUUGGGCAUGUAAAUCGAAUACAGAUGGAAGAAGUACAGGCAGAACUUAUAGAUGGAAGAAACCUUGAACAAGUAGAAUAUGAAAGUGUUGAUCAAGGAGAAGCAGAAGAAAAUGAAACUAGUCAAGUAGAUGAUGCAGAUAUGGAAGAUCAUGAACAAGCUGAAGACUUAAAAACUCAACAAUUAGUGGACACACUGAAUGAAAAGGUGGAUAACUAGGACAAAUAAACACACUGUGCAGCUUUAGGAAUGAAGUACCCAAUUAUUUUUGCUAGCUUUUACAUUGGUUUUUCAACCAAUGGUCAUUGGUCACCUUUCCAAUAUGCUGUCCUUAGGAAGCUGGAUAAGUAGACCAAAGUUAGUUUUCUUCAUGUACAACUAAACCUCUCAUAUGUGAAAAAUAACUUUAACAUUUAUGUAAUGCCAUGGAACAGAAACCACCACAGCUUUGUUAGAAUUUUAAUAAUGAAAAGCUUGUAUCGUUUGCAUCAUCCCUGGGUAUAUGUAACUUUGCCUCUUUUCCUCUUGCUAUAGAAGCAAACUCUUGUUACAGAUUUGCAGGGUGUCUGUGGCAGAAGAAUCGGUUAAAUCUGGUGGAUUCUAAUGUAAGUGGAUAAUCAGGUACUUGUGAAUUUUCUGGGCAGAUUGUUUGCUGUUUCCUAACAGCAGUCCCUAACUUUCAGGCCAGGGAAAAAAAAGCAUUGUUGCUGGAGGUCUCAGAACACAAAAAUACUGUGCCUUUUCAACAAGGGUGAAGUUUCUACAAAGUUCCUAGAGAGAGCAUUCAACCUAGUUCGGUAAAAGGCAAUGUGGAUAAUGUCAUAGCGCUUUAUAUUUUUGCUUAAAAUAGUCAGCUACUGAUUUAGGUUUUUUUUUUCAUUAAAUUUAGAUGGGGAUGAGGGAGGAAACAUUCCAUGUGGAGGCAGCAGGACACUCUAAAAGGGACACUUUAGAUUAGGAAAAGCUCAGUAGAAUCUGUGGUAAACAUGAGCUGGAAGAAAGCUACCACCAGACUCUUCUUUCAUAAAUUGUUAUUUUUGAAAAGGAAUAUUUUUAAACAUAUAGAGAAGGCUUGUCUGUAUGGUAUCAGGUUCCUAACUUUUUAAAAUUAAAUUCUGACACUUGACACAAAGACCUUGUACUAGAAGUAACAGACAUAGGUAUGAAUGCUAAAAUGUGAAUUGAAAAGUAGAAGUGUAAAUAUUUUAAUCACUAUUAGAUAACAGAACAAUAGCAUCCAUGAAAUACUGUAUUACUUGCUUAAUCCAAUAAAUUAGGAACAACUGAGUGACUGUCAAUUACAGUGCUAGAUCCCAGUGGCAAGAAUCAAUAUAAUUUUAAUAACUUUGCAGUAAUGACCAAUUAAUCUUAAGUUUGUUUAGAAAAUACUUGUCUGUCUCUAUGUUUAAGGAUGCUAAGAACUUCCAAUUCUCAAUUAUUGCCUUGAGAUUAGAGGUGCCUCCCUACUUCUGAAAAACUUUGUUUUCAAAGCCCUAAGUAAAGGGAGGAAUUUUUGCAAGGAUGUUCCUUAAUGCUCUUGGUAUUCCUGUAGAUCUUGCCUAAAAUCGGGCUUUUAUAUUGUCUUCUCCAAACGCAAAAUUAUUUCUUGAGAUUUGUGCUUUUAUUUAAUAACAUUCAAAAUGAUUCUUGUGUUUCAUCAUAGCUAGCCUUGGAGAAACUGUUGCAAACCAAACAUUAAUCUCAAUUAAAAUUUCAAGCCAUUUAAUUAACGUAACUUGCAUUCUUUUUUGUGAUGUUUUGUAUUUUCUGAGAUGCAAAUAAUAUGGGAUGAGAUUAUGUGCAGAGGAAAAAAUGUGGCCUGAUGUUAAUCAUGAAAGUAAAAGAUAGCUAUUGGAUUUAUACCUUGACUUCUGAUAAGAAGCCUGUCUUUUGAUAACAUGGAGGGGAUGUAACUUGCUUAGCUGCAUAACUAAAUUUUUAGGCAUUUAUGCAUAUAGACCCCAGAUCUGUAUCAGUGGAAAUAAAGGAACAAUCUGGCUGUAUCUAAUUAAUUAAACUAACUUAGGCAAUUUAAGUCCAAUGUAAAUUGAGCAGUUAGGUGAUAUUGAUAGCAGGGCUAUAAUUUGGUAAGCACAGUUGGGCUAUUUUUUUGUUCUGUUUGAUCUCCCCUUUUUAACAACAGCUUGCAAAUUUGGUAGGAGAGAAAUGAUGCUUUGUUGUUGUGCCCAGUGCUGCCUCUAUACAGACUUCUGUUGAGACUGGGUGGGAAUGCAGUGGGGGCAUGUGACGUGGCUCUCUCUCCCUCGGAGCUCGUGCUCCAUUUUUGCCUUGGCUAGCUUGAGAGAGAAACCAUGCUGGAAGGAUUUUUCCCUUCAGGGUCCCAAAAGAUCCCAGAGGCUUCAAACCUUUUCCUUUAGAGAGAGCAGGUCCCCGUUGAUGGCAAAAGGAAAGAGUCUGUCCUUGGUCUGGGGGGAAUCAAGGCUUUAUUCACUUGUCGCAGUGUCCCUCACGCCUAUCAGGCGCUGACCACAGGCUAGCUCAGUUUUGCACUGCGGCAGCGAGGAUCGGUCGGGGUUACAGGCAGGGCGAGUAACCUCCUCCCGGUGGGUUCUUGGGUCCCCACACCAGCGAGUGGACCUGAUGGAGUUGCGACUGCGGCGACGGAAAAAGGGUCAACUCUCUUGAGCAGGGUAGAAGGUAGUUUAUUAAGGGGAGUCCGGCAAGGAGCUCCACCUCAGACCACUGCUGCCCAGAGAGAGCAUAGAUCAAAGCCUUGCGGCCACUUAUAAAUGGGGGAGGAUCCAGGGGUGGUGACAACAGGUCAGCCAGCCAGGGAACACAGGGGUGGUAACAGGGGUGUCAACUUCUGAACCAUUAACAAAUCAUAAGAGGGGAGGAGGGGAUUCCCCAGGCACCAGCCUAUCACUCGACGCCUCUCCUGGAUCUUUCCAGAAUCCAGGGAAGGGUCUCAAAGUGACAGACAGGGCGACCAAGAGGAGAGAGGGGGGAUUGACAGGGACAGGUGCAGGGGAGGAAUGAUUGGCAUAAAACAUCUGGUUAUAUAACCAACUCAUAAGGGGGAAGCUAUUACAGAACACAAGGGGGUACAGUGGACUGAACCAUUACAAAAAUAACUUAUAAUUCUUACAAAAAUAACUUAAUAACUCAAUAAAACAACUCUUGUACCACUACAGUCACUCUCUGCUCUUACCCCCGCAGGGUCAGGAGCCCAGUCCAGUUCCCAUCCCUGUCCUGGUCCCAAGAGCUUAGAGAGCGAUUUCCACAUGGUCCUAUGGCUUUUACCCAGGGGGAAGGGGCUAGAGGCAGGGACAAGCCACUACCCAAGCAGGGACAAGGUGGGAGUGGAACAGAGUUGGGUUUCAUUCCAGUGUGGGAGGAUGGGCGGGGAGAAGGAGCAGGGACGAACCUCGUGAUACGUUUUCCAAGGGAACAGGGUGGUACAGGAGAAACCAUUACAAAACACAAUAUAAAAAUGAAAUACAAUAUAAACCAAAUUAAUGCACUACAACAGGCAUGACCAAUCCUCUCCUCACCCUGAGGGACAGGGUGAAAGGCUCUCCUCAAGUAAUAACUCCACUGGGAAGUGUUUCCCUUUGCAACCCCCUCUUCCCUAGAAUUUCCUUCCCAAAUUGCUUCUACCAGUGGAGUCCCCCAUGCCUCCUUACUGCAACUGCAACUGUGGGAGGGACGAUUGACUUGGAGAGUCUGGAGUCUUAGACUUGGAAGUUCUGGUUGCCCUCUGUAACAGCCACCUUGCCAUCCUCUUUCUGCCACAAAUGUCAAUAUAGAUGUACAGAUCUCUCCAAACUACAUACCUAUGCAUCACUGGAGGAGUUCUUCCCUUUAAAUAAGUAUAUACUGCUGGUCCCCAGAGUGCCCUGUGUUAUGCAGGUACUGGUCUGUAGCUUGCAAUGAGGCAGCAUGCAGCUGCACUUGUUGCCUGGUGCCUGCAGUGGGCCAUGUCACAUGAGGUGAAUGCUUGAAUUUAUGCUGAAUGAAACUAAUUGGAUAAAGCACUGGGGUCUAGGCAGUGAGAAAUGGAAAAGUUGGAAUGAACAAAAACCUGUGAUGUGUGUCUGAAUACAAAAUAAAAAGUGAACAUUAAAUUGAGACUUGUGGAUUUAUAUAUAACAUUCAUGAGAGGCCACAAGCUACUUCUGAAAGAAGGGCAGGGAGAAGAAAGGGAGCUGAUCAAUAGUUUGAGAUCUGCUAAGUUAUUCACACAAUAUAAGAAAGGAUUAGCUGCUUUUUAUUAAAACAGUUGCAAAAGCAUGUUUCAUCUGCAGGCUUAUGAGGAUGUAAUUGGAUGUCAGUCCUAUGUGAGAUGGUCACUAGAGGAGGAUCAUGCAGCUUCUGCUGUUUCAUGCUUGCAGUGGAAUUUUUAAUUAGCUAAUGGUGCAGAAUAUGGUAGUCUCUUACACAAUUUCUGUAACUCAGUAUUAUUUUGA